CAGAAGGUCUUGGAGAGUCCCCUCUUGGAAGCAAAAUCUUCACAGAUGCUCUUUUUGUGCAGACUUCAUGCUGUGAGCCCCCGGGGAGCCUGAAGGCAAGCUCUGUGUCUUGGCUUCUCUGCAGUGAAGUCUCCUCAAGUUGUGGCCCCCGCCCCCUACUCGGCAGGAAGCCUCUUGCCCUUUGAGUGGCCCCAUGGGAGAAACUUGAAUGAGAGCCUCCGGAGCUGAAUUUCUUUGUUGAACUUGAGGACUUCCGUGAAGCCCACCAGCUGGAGAUGUUUUUGUUUUAGGUACAUUGAGGGCUGAACCAAAGUGGGGUUUUCUGCUAUAGCUCCCUGGCCUGGGCCUUAGUAGAAGCUGUCCCUGAAAUUGCAUCAUGACUCCGAGGCUCAAGGUGCCGAGCACGACGUUCCCUCCUGAGAAACCAUUUUGAUGGCGGCCUGGUGGCUCGCGGGCAGGGUGGCGAAGAAGCACUAAUAUGAGGUGCUGCACCCACUGCUGCAUCCAGCUGUUCCCCACAGACUUGCACGGGCAGUGUUUCGGCUGCCGGGGCCCUUCCCCCCAGCACCGGAAGUGUCCCGGGUGCAGGCCAGAAAACCAACUUCUCUUGCACGUGGACGGCAAGCCGACGAACCUGCUCGCGGUUUUAGACGUGAGGCCUGAGGCCGGGGAAGGCUGGGAUGGGUCUUUGCGCGCCAGAAGAGGAAAGAGGUGCAGCAUCAUCUUGGGGUUGGUCAUAAUGACUCUGGUGAUGGCAUCUUACAUCCUGCCGGGUGCCCAGCAUGCACUGCUGCUGCUCCCGUCCCCAUUCCAAUCCGGGGCUUUUACGAACGAUCCCAGCUUAAUGGGCGGCGGCAACCUGAGUGAUGGGAGAGACCAGUCCCAACUCUCUGGGACCAAUAGUUCUCAUGCAACGGUCUCUCCGAGCAUUAGGCUCAUUCUCAGCACGAUCGCUUCGAAGGUCGAGUUUAAAGCCCGGCAGCUGCCAGACCCGGGAGAUCUGGAGAAACAGGAGACGCAUAUGUUUUCAGUCAUUCCUAGGAAAUUUCUUCCAAACAGUAAGAAUCCUUGUUGGUACGACGAGUACAGAGGCCGAAACGCCUCCGACCCUUACACCAAGAACUCCUAUGCGCUGUACUCGAAGCGUUUUCGGUCGACCUUCGAUUCCCUCAGGAAGGACUUCUGGGCCCACUUGUAUCACCACCAGGAGAAACAUUACCGGCUACGGUGUCUCCCCAGCUUCUACAUCAUCGGGCAGCCCAAGUGUGGGACCACGGACCUUUACGAUCGCCUCAAGCUGCACCCCGACGUCAAGUUCUCGGCUAUCAAGGAGCCUCACUGGUGGACGAGAAAGCGAUUUGGGAUCGUUCGCCUGAGAGAUGGGCUUCGUGACCGCUACCCAGUGGAAGAUUACUUGGACCUGUUUGAUUUUGCUACCCAUCAAAUUCAGCACGGCCUUGAGGGGGACUCAACCAAAGGCCAUGGCAAGAUGAAUAGAAUCGUCAUCGGAGAGGCCAGCGCUUCAACCAUGUGGGACAACAAUGCCUGGAAUUUCUUUUAUGACAAUGGUUCAGCUGGGGAGCCUCCAUUUCUGGUCCAGGACUUCAUCCACGCCUUCCAGCCAGAUGCCAAACUCAUCGUGAUGCUGAGGGACCCGGUCGAGAGAUUGUAUUCAGACUAUCUCUACUUUGCAAGCUCCAAUAAAUCUGCAGAGGACUUUCAUGAAAAAGUGGCUGAAUCCCUGCAGCUGUUUGGAAAUUGCUUGUUGGAAUAUGCGUUGAGAGCCUGCGUCUACAACAACACACUUAACAACGCGAUGCCGGUGAGGCUGCAGGUGGGGCUGUAUGCUGUUUAUCUCCUGGACUGGCUGGCUAUCUACGAGAAAGAGCAGAUCCUGGUUUUGCGCCUGGAGGACCACGCGGCCAACGUCAGGCAAACCAUGCACAAGGUCUUCCAGUUUCUGAAUUUAGGACCCCUGGACCAGAAGCAGGAAGCCCUGGUCACCCGGAGUCCUGCUUCCAACACGCGACGGCCGGAGGACCGCAGCCUGGGACCCAUGUGGCCGGUGACGAGGGAGAUCCUCCUCGCCUUCUACCAGCCUUUCAACGCCAAGCUGGCCCAGGUCCUGGGCAGUGCUGCUUUCUUAUGGAAAAUGUCACCGUGAGGCAGUCGGGAGGGCAGGGGGCAGCCGCCGUGGCCCCACGUGAAGAUGCUUCCAUUUCUGAGUUCCAUUUUCCCGUUGCGAGGAAUGUGCUUCCUAUCUCCUUGGCUGUCUGCAUUCUGCGGGAUGAAGCCCUCAGCGUCUCUACGAGUUGAAUGUCCGGUGGUGAUCAUCUGACCCCUCCCCACAGCUCUCCCCUGCCCCCCACUCACCCAGUCACUGUCCCGUGCCUCCUCCCAUGUUGGCAAAGGGAAGGAGGGAGGGAAAGCCCGGUAACGGUUCUCUGUGCCACACAGUUCUACUCGCUGGACCUCCCAACUCACUGCGAGAUGAGUCCGAGCAGAACCGCCAGCCCCUGGCCGCCAGGCCCCAGGCACCAGGCUCACAACUUCCUUUCUUCUGUAACCUCUUUCUGUCCAAGCCCAGUUUUCGUUCACCCAUUUCAAAUCGGCAGUACCCCCCAUUUCUUCGUUCUUUAGACAAAAUAUGUGUCCUUCCAGUCCUUAGACAGUUUAACUGAAGGACUGCCCUUGGGAAAGCUGCCUCCAGCACCUUCUUCCACCUACGUUCUGGACAGGCCCUGUUCUGAUUUCCCAGGUAGCCGCUGGGAUUUUUGCCUGGAGGAGCUAGUCGAAUGCCUCAAAGGGGCAGGAUGUGGAGAGCUGAGGGUCACAGGUGAGUGGGUGGGGGGGUGGGCAGGUGGGCCCCUCUGUUUGAAGCCCUCAUCCAUCACAGCGUGGGAUGAGAAGAAGUGUUUCUGCAGGGUAGGUUGAGCAGCAGUGGUGGUAGGUGUUUUGGGAGGAGCUGUGCCUCACAGCUGAGCUGAUCUGGGCAUGAGUUAAGGAACCGGCUCUGCCUGGGAUGGCUGGCUUCAGCUGCCAGGUGGUUUCUGGCCCCAGGCUCUUCCCAGCAUCGUCCAGCCCCAGUGCUGCUCCCAGACUGCGUCCAUCUGCUCCCAGGUCAGAGGCAAGGAGCCCGGCCCCACCAGCUGGGUUCGGAUGGACGGUAGCAGGCCUGUGCCUGGUUCAGAGCCUGGGAGGCCAGAGGCAGCAGAAGAGGCAAGAAGCAAGGAUGGAAACCAGAAACCCUGUUCUGACAUGCCCGCAUUUGGACCAUGGAGUGCUACUUGGAGGGAGUAGUCACUGGAAGGUUUUGGAAAACAAAGUCUUUCCAUUGAAGUAACGGUCCUCCCUAACCAGGACCUGGAAACCCAGAGUGUGGGGGGUGAGGGAGGGGAGGGCAGGGAGAGAGUGGGGUCUCUCCCCAGGAGUGAUCCCCAUCCCCAGAAAAGGUAAACAGGAUCCAGUCCUGCCCAUGACCAUCAGCUGAUGGGCCCGGGAUCUCAUUAGCUGGACUGUCUGACACAGACUGGCUCAGGGCCGACAGAACUGGUCAGUCGGUAGCAUUUUUUGAGCACCUCCUGUGGGUACUGUUCUGUUCUGUGUGCUUGGGGGACUUGGUAUCCCUGCCUUCAGGGAGCUGAUAAUCUAGCAGUGGGCGGGGAGGGAGAUGGACACUAAAACAGGUUACAGAUUAGAGGAAAUAAGAGAGUUCAGAGAUAAAGAUCUGUUUGUAGGUGUCACGGUAGGGGUGCAAGGACCCAAGGGCUUAGGUGGAGUGGAAGUGCCGAUGUGGGAGUUGGAAGAUAGAUAGUGUAUGUUAGCAAUCAGGGAAAACCACCUGGAGGAGAUGAAUCAGGGACACUAAUCCCGAAGACCCUGGCAAUAUAUGGAUGUCCCGAGCAGCUCCACUCACCGCAAUUGGCUUUGGAGAGCUGGCUGAGGAAAGACUUGAUAGGGGAAUGGUGGGAACACAGCCAGUCACUGUGUAUAUUUAUUUGUACAUGUGCAUUUUUUUAAGUGGACCCAUUUCUGUACUGAUGUUGGCAGAGAGUCAACACUCUGAAUAUCUCUUUGACAUUCACUUCUUGCCAUGAAACUUACAUACCUGUAAGUAAAUAUUUUGCUACAACACGUCCUGCAGUUCUAACGAGAGUUUUUCUUACGCACACCUAUGCAUGUGGAGAACAUGUAUUGAACUUCUGCUUCUUAAAGAAGCAUUAUUAAAUUGUACUGUAUCGGCUCUAGUAUCGGUUAAUUAUAACUCCUUUUAUAUGCCAAGAAUGCCCACAUAUCUGUACUGAUACUGUUGAGAUGUUCCAAUCACGCUUUUCAAACAUGUUAAAACAGAUUCUUCUUUUCUCAUUUAAGGCAUAGUUCUUGUUUAUAGCAUUGUGAAUUACUGGUUGAGCAGAACUGAAUAAAACAAUGAAUCUCCAGCUUCUACUGUUAAACUGAAGGGAAAUCGACCAUUCCUUGUAACGUGGUGUUGGAGGUAUUGUGAGUUGCCAAAUGCCUUGUGCCGGUUUGGAAGUUAUAAUUGUCUGUUUGCAUUAAGGUAUGUUUGAGCCACAAUCAUUAUUCUGUAGGUUCAUUAAUGUUUAACAUCAUUAAAAAUGAAUUCAUGAUUGCUGUCCAAAUACAGCACACUGAUUUA